AUGACCUCACACAACCUCACACGAUUCUCUUUAAAAAAGAAAAUAAAAUCCAAAACGGACUCCUAUUUGUAUGAUAUCAUUUUGAAGGAAAUAAAGAAGAUUGACUUGGAUUUAGAUGUUCUUCUAGACCUAAAACCAAUAAAAUUGACAGUGACAAAUUCUACUUAUCCAAAUCUAUUGUUCUCUGUAAAAAAAGAAAGAGCAAGAAGAAUAGGAAACAAGAAAGUAAUUGGGAACAAUGGCGGCUUGUUGAAUAUGAAUAUAAAUUAUCAGGCAAAAGAAUACACUAAUUUUGCCCUUACAAGCAUUAGGAGAAGCGUUUUUUGUUUAAGUAUUAACGUAUGUAGAAACAUUUUCCGUGGUAAAUGUAAUUUGCAUAGCAGUCAAUUCUUUAGAAAAGUUUGCAAAAAAGUAAAAUUACUCCAAAAACGAGCGAUUCGUUGUUUUUCUUUACCACUUAUUCCCCACUUAGAUGCAAUCCACUUAUUUUAUCUUUUGUUUGAUUUGCGGGGAUAUUUGUGUUUUCUUGACGCAGUCAUUUUGAAUCCGUCUAAGGAAAGCUUCUCACUGGUACUGAUUAUAAAGCAAGAAAGGUUUUCUGUUAUGGCUGGGAAAUCUAUUUGUCGCCAAUCGCCUGUUUUGCAGGAUAAAAUAUGGUUUUUUAUAGGUGGUCCGUUUGCUAUAAUAGGACUGCCAACGUCCCACCGAUUGCUACUGCAUUGGUUGAUUCGCCGCAAACAAAGAAGAGGUGAUAAAAAUUUCAUAUUUUUAUUGUAUUUUAAUAAAGAUAUAAUAAGAACUCCAAACAAAUGCAUCACAGAAACACAUUUAUUACAAAAAUCGAGUUAA